AUGAAUACAAUUCCUUACGGUCGUAAGCAAGGUAAAGUCAAAUUCUUUAACUGUCAGAAAGGAUAUGGAUUUAUCAUUCCUCAUAACCUUGGACUUGGUGAAAAGGUAGAAGUUUUUGUGCAUCAUACUGCAAUUCAUAACAAUGGUGGUUUUAAGAGCCUUGCUGAGGGAGAAGAUGUGGAAUUUGACUUGAUCAAAGGUCCAAAAGGCCUUCAAGCCGCUAACGUUAGUGGACCGAAUGGAAUUGCUGUUAAAGGGGAUCCGAAUGCUCCUGGCAAUAAUAAAAGAAUUGUUACAAACAACAAUAAUUUUAUCGGAACAACCUAUAAUUACCUUGGUGUUGAUGUGAACCGUGCUAAUUAUAACAACACCGGUGGAUAUGGAAAUCGAAUGGGAUUGAAUCAGCCUUACCACGCAUUGCAAUCAACCUAUGCUCCAUAUUUUCAACAGCAAUUGUCCCAUUUCGCAUCUCAGCAACCACUGUUUGGGACACAACAAUUUACCAGUUAUACCGCCCAAACGUACGGUAAUCCGACAACCGGUCAACAAUCCAGUUUGAAUAAUAAUUCUGUAUCGCAACCUAAUCUCGCGUACGCGACGCAACCCAUAUUUCCUAAUUAUAAUAGUACUAUUAAUAGCGCUAAUCUUACUUGA